GAGAAGCAGUCACCCGGCUGUUGCAUUUUCGGUUAUCCAUUGGUCUUGUCUGGACCGUGAAGUCGCAGGAGAGUUUGGACAAAAAUGGUGGAUAAAUAAAGUUCACUAAGGCCGUUUAAAAAAAGUAUCAAGUUACGGUCUGCUACGGUCUGCGCUCCCAUAGACACCAAUGCGAUAGCAGCUGGGUCUGGUCUGCUUUGUUCAUUGAUUAAACCAGAAAAAACAGCGACUGGAUUGGAAUCCUUCCUGCCCCCCCAAAAAACGUGAUUAGCUAGCAUAUUGACGCCGAUAAAUACAGAAACAAAUGGCUUUGAAUGCUAACUGUCAAAGGUGACCGUUAGGAUCGCGUGACUAGAAUGGGGGAUAAUUUGGAGCGCGUGCUCCAUUGCGAUGACAAGGAGGAGUUGAGGCGGAAACUGGCCCUGCUACAGAGGGAGUACUCCAGGACAGUUCAGAGAUUACAGCGAGCUGAGCGUUCAGAUGCCGUGCGGAAGCAUGUGAGGAGUCGGAUCUCUGAGCAGAACCUCCAGGACCAGACAGACCCAGUCCCAGCCAGCACCUUUCCCAACCCAGCUCUACCCCCCCUCUCCCCUGGCAGCCCUGCUAGGACAGCCCCAGGUUCGGCCACACCACCAGGCCCCACUGGAGACUCGACUGUGGCGGCAUCGUGUCCGGUGGAAUCUGAGAACCCCAGGCGGAGGAGUCCGUCCAUCCGCUUCCUCCUCCCAGUCGAUGACUCUUGCCCUCGGACACCUGACCUUAACCCUCACAGACGAAGCCACUCCCUCCGGCUAAGGUCACGGAGAAGCCGGUUGCGCUGGGAGCGGACGGGGAGGGUCCAGGGCGGCGAGGGGGCAGGGGGGAUGUACGACACGGAGACCAGCGAGGAUGGGCUGGAGCUGGACGCACGGACAGAGAAAGAAGAGGAUGGAGAGAAGAGAAAUAUGGAGGAAGAGAAGGAGGGCGAGAGGGAGGAGAAUGAGAGGGACACUCCAGAUAAAGAGGCACUGAAACAGAGAGAUGGAGAGGAGAGAGAAGAACAGAGGACAUAUGGACAGAAGGAGAAGGAAGGGGUGAACCUGAGGAGAGAUGGAGAGCAUGAGAGAGAAGAGGGUGGUGAUUCAGGAGCUGUGGGAGUCUCUGUGUUAGGGGCUGUUGGGUUGUGUAACACUGGGGGGGUCCUGGACUCGUGCACUCUGGUGGAAGGUCUGCCGUUCCCUGUAGAAUACUACAUCAGAACCACGAGACGCAUGGCCUCUUCACAGAGCCACAGAGACCUGCAGGCCGUCAUUCUGAACCAACUCAACAGGGGGCGCCACAGAAGGAGCAGGGGCCAGAUGUCUGACACACACUCACUCUCAACUUCACACUCCGACUCACUAGCACAACCCUCCAAUCACCGCCAGUGCUCAAGUCAACUGACCUCAAACUCACCGACCAAUCGCACACCGGUCGAGGAGCCAUCAGCCAAUCAGAUGCUUACCGCUGAGUCAGGGGCCAAUCAGAGUGAGCGUUUACCUUCCAGAGCCUGCAGUGUUCGGCCUAUCAGAGGCCGGAGGAGGAGAGGAAGGAGGCCGAGACUGGGCCGCUCUCUAAGUUUGGACUCGGAUCCUCCAACAUCAGGCCCAGACAACACCCAGACCCCGGCCGCUAUUAGCCCAGCCUCACAGCCUCUCCCUGGGGGUGGAUGUCCGGAGCGCUGGCCUCUUUCUGGAGGUGUGGAGGAACAGCUUUAUCCCAUCUUCAGGAGGAGCUGUGUCUCUCCCCUCAUUCACACAUCAAAGCAGAGCAAAGAGAGUGUGUGGUCUCUCCUCCUGCCCUCCUCCCUCUCCCCUGGAGGACCAGCAGUGCACCCUGGGAGUCUGGGCCGCGUCAUCUCAACCUUUGACCUCCGGGAUUUCCAUCUCCCCGACGACCAGUUCGGACAGCUAAAGCUCCAGAAGCUUCGCGCCUCGUCUGCCGUUGCCGUCCCAGAACCGGAACCCUUCUCACCUUACAACAUGCGUCGUCGCCGCAGCAGAGACUCGGUCCACGGUCUCCACGGCGACACAGGCGGUCAGACAUCUAAAGCGCCUACGCCUGAGCCCCUCCCUCUCAGCCUCACCCCUCCUGUCACAGACUGCGUCACUCCAGUAGAACAGUCUAUAGACAUAUCUAUAGGCCAGCAUCUUAUAGACCACCCUAUAGGCCAGCAGUAUACAGACGCACUAGACCAUUCUACAAACCUCCAUUUGGAGUACCAUUCAGUUUGCCAGUUUACAGACCACCUUGUAGACCAGCCUACUGGCCAUCAGUCUACAGACCACCUUGUAGACCAGCCUACUGGCCAUCAGUCUACAGACCACCUUGUAGACCAGCCUACUGGCCAUCAGUCUACAGACCACCUUGUAGACCAGCCUACUGGCCAUCAGUCUACAGACCACCUUGUAGACCAGCCUACUGGCCAUCAGUCUACAGACCAUCUUGUAGACCAGCCUACUGGCCAUCAGUCUACAGACCACCUUGUAGACCAGCCUACUGGCCAUCAGUCUACAGACAACCCUGUAGACCAGCCUACUGGCCAUCAGUCUACAGACCACCUUGUAGACCAGCCUAUAGGCCAUCAGUCUACAGACCAUCCUGUUGACCAGCUUAUAGGCCAUCAGCUUACCGUUUUAGUAGGCCAGUCUAUAGACUUUCCUUCAGUAGACCAGCAGACAGGCCGACUCACUACUGAGUGCCCUUCCCUUCAAACUGAAACAGAGACCGAGUGCCCUCCCGAGUGUUCGUCCUUCCACACAAAGACUAAGUGCCUUUCUCCGUGCCCUACGGAGUUCUCUGUCGAGUGCCUAACCAAAUGUCCUUCCAUGUGCACUACUGAGUGCCCUUCCCUCCGGACGGAGACAGAUGCAGAGUGUGCUGUCCCCCCCAGCCCCUCCCUGCUCCUCCUUAGCCCCUCCCUAACCAGCCACACCCCUCACGGACACACCCACUCCCUUCCCCUCUCCUCCAGUCCCCCCUUACCUUCCUUAGGGAUGAGCCCUAACCCCUUGACCACUAACCCCAACAUACCCCUCUCCCUCCCUGACAGCCCCCCAUUACGUUCUUUAGAGGCGGUGACUCACAUCCUCUCCUGCCCUCCCUGCCCCUCCUCUCUGCCCCUCUCCUGCCCUCCCUGCCCCUCCUCUCUGCCCCUCUCCUGCCCUCCCUGCCCCCCCACUCUGCCCCUCCCCCUCUCCUGCUCUCCCUGCCCCCACACCCUGACCCUCCCCUUCCCCUCUAGUCCCUCCACCCAACCUGGUUGA